CUAGUGACCAUAGUUGACAGGGUUCUACCCUGUGGUCCUUAGAGAGUCUGUCAGUGAGUCUACGGGUUGGUCUACGUGGUGAGGAGUGGGACUGUGUUGUCGUGCACCUAACACCAUGGACGAUUACCCGAUGUAUGGUUUACUUGUUGGGUUCUCCCUCUGGGGGACCCUCUGGCGUCUCCUCUUUCCCCUGGGGUUCUGGCACACAUUCACGUGUAGAGUAGAUACCAGGGGUGGUGCCUCCACUAAGCCUUAUACGAAGGAGGAGGAGGAAAAUAUGGCCGCCAUCCUGAGGGAGAGAAAAGAAAAGAAAGAGGCCAAAAAGAAGGCCCUGAUGAAGACGCAGGCGGCCAAGUUGAAAAAGAUAGAGGAGGAGAUGGCCAGAGAAAAGGAAAGAUUGAAAAAAGAAGAAGAGGAGAAACUAAAGGAGGUGGAAGAGGAAGAAGAGGAGGAUGAACAGCCACUGGAAAGGAGGAGAGAGCAACGAGGGCAGUACAGUGGUAGUAAAAAUGAUGAGAUGGAGAGGCGGAUUUCAGAGUGGGUUGCCAACUUGUCUUUGGGAGAAGAGGAGGAGGUAGCCAUGUAUAUCCCCAAGGACGAGCAGGAGGCCGCCAUGAAGGAAUGGGACGUGGAAGGAGAUGCUUUGAAGCGGCAGGCGAUGGAAGAUGAGAAGAGAAUGGAGUGGAAGUUAAGGAUGAUGAGGGAGAAGAAGAAGAGGGUGGACGCGACAAGCGAAGCGGUUAAAGAGUUAGGGGAGGUGCAGAAACUGAGUCUACAGUUGACCCCUCAGCUGGUAGGCGCAGUUGGGGCCGAGGUGAACCAUCGCCUCGAGAAGACCGAACGAUUCUGCGUUGGCGCCAUUGAAGGCGUCAAGGCAACAGCUCCCAGGGAGGAAGAGGCACGUCCUCGUAGGGAGCCAGUCAAGGUCAAGUUCCCCGAUUCCUAUAGUGGAAAGAGGGAAGAAAACUUUGACAAUUGGGAGGCCAACGUGAAGACCUAUGUGCACUUGCAGCAGGUCUCCCCAGAUCAGCAUGUGUUGAUAGCCAUUCAUGCGCUUAGAGACGAGGCUGCCAGUUUCGCACGAUCUCUAGUCCGCUCUGUCAACUUCAAUGAUGACGCAGUUGCCUACUCGACGUUCACUCCCCUCGUCGAUUUCAUGAAAUUGUUGUGCGAGCGAUUUGCUGACGUCGCCCGCAGUGUCAAAGCCUCAGAUAGGCUUCAGACCAUCCAUUCUCGUCAAUGGAAGAGUGUCAGGGCACUCAAGGGUGUUAUGGACGAAUGGGUGGCUGUCCCUGACCAUGGGGUCACAGAGACCCAAUUGGUCAACCUCUUCUACAGGGCUAUGCCUGAAUCACUGUGUGGCCACUUCUUCGCGAAGAGUCAAGACCCUGCCAUGACGUACGACGCACUCAGCAGGGAAGUGGUGGCCUUUGAGGCAAAGUCUGCGUCCGUUUCCACUUUCUGGCACAAAGACUUGGACAAAGGAAAGAAGUGGAAGGGUCGCACUAUUUCAGGGCAAGUUAAGACCAAGGAUAGUCUUGUCCUUACUUUAGACGAAGGUAGUAUCGACGAGAUCCUCUACGAACAGAUUGAGUGGGGUUUGGAGGAUGAUGACAGUAGCAGUAGCCAGGGGAGGACCUACGCUGCUGUCGCGGCUGGGGGGAGGCCGCAAGGAGGAGGACGAGGGCAGGGCCAAGGGGGCCGGGCCUCAGGGGGCCGAUUUCAGGGCGAUCAGGGGGUUGGCGGCAGAGGAGGAAACCGCCAAGCGGGAGGAAGGGGUCAAGGCGUGGCUGAAGAAUUGAAGGAGAGGAUGCCCGCCUGGGCCAAGAUGAAAAAGGAGAAUAAAGGGCAACUUAUAUUAGUAGAUACAAAGAUUUUUAGAGGACGAGCAAGCGCCUUAGUGGAUAAUGGAGCCACUCGUAGUUAUAUUAGUAGGAAGGCGCUACAGAAGCUGAAGUUGCAGUUAAAGGUCCAAAGAUUAGCAGACCACAUAGUAAGUAUCCUCGCGGACAACCACACCAUGCGAGUCGAGGAGUACGUAGAGGGAGUCCAGGCGUAUUUCCGCCUGGAACAGGACGGGAAGGUGGAGAAGGUUCUCCAUUCCCUGACUCUCCUCGUAGAGGAUAGCCUCCCAUUCGAUAUAGUCCUAGGUAUGGACUGGGGAGAGGCAGCAAGGGCCACACUCCAUUUGAGAGAGCAUGAGUGUAGGCUCCCUAGCCCAUCAGGCGGCGUCAAGACUGCCCGUCUGUUCCAUGUGUCAAGAGUAGACAACUCCCUGGCGCAUUGCUGCCUUAGUGUUCCUGCGUUCGCAAGGCUCGUGAAGAAGGAGCAACUAGAGGAACAGGUUUUUGUAGCCUAUGUUAGGCCAGUAACUGAGCCUAAGGAAGAAAAGCCUAUAAACCCUGCUAUUGCCAAGCUGCUGGAGGAGUUUAAAGAUCUAGCUGAGCCGCCGAUAGGAGUAGUACCGUGGCCUAUCCAGCACCGCAUUGAAAUUGAGCCUGGCAGUAGAACCCCCAAAGGAGCUGUGUAUAGGAUGUCUCCGCGGGAGUUAGAGGAGUUGCGCAAGCAAUUAGACGAGCUCCUCGAUAAGGGUUGGAUUAGGCCCAGUUCGUCUCCAUUUGGAGCACCUGUUCUGUUCGUUCCCAAGAAAGAGGGAGAGAUUAGGAUGUGUAUAGACUAUAGGGGUCUGAAUGCUAUCACAGUUAAGAACGCUGAACCACUGCCCUGAAUAGACGAUCUUUUAGAUCGGGUGCAGGGGUGCAGACAUUUUACAAAGAUAGAUUUGAAGUCCGGAUAUCAUCAAAUAGAGGUUC